AUGAGAGCUAAAACAUCGAAAGAAGCCUGGAGUAUCCUACAACAAGAGUUCGAAGGAGACUCAAAGGUGCGAGCGGUGAAGCUUCAAUAUCUUAAGAGAGAUUAUGAAAAUGAAAGGAGGAAGGAGAACGAGAGCCUGAAUGAGUACUUCAACAGACUCUCCGAGUUGGUGAAUCAGAUGAAAUCGCAUGGUGAUACGAUAGAAGAUCGCAGAAUUGUUGACAAAAUUCUAAUCAGUUUGAUAGCAAGAUUUGACCCAAUGGUGGGUGUUAUAGAAGAAACCAAGGAUCUAUCAACCUUGACUGUUCAAGGGUUGGUGGGGUCUUUGAGAUCCUACGAGCAAAGGAUGUUACGACAUUUUGAAAAAUCAAUUAAGAGUGCCUUUCAAUCUAAACUCAACAUUCAGCCCAACAAUGGUAAAAAUAAGCCCCAAAUACAAACUAGAGGCAGAGGUCGAAACUCACGUGGCAGAUUUGGAAGAGGUAGAGGCAGAGGCCGAAACUCACGUGGCAGAUCUGAAAGAGACGCAAAUGGCGGAAGAUGGAAUGAAGCAUCAAACAAAUGGUGCAAAAUUUGUAACAGCGGCACUUAUGACGAGAAGGACUGUUGGAACAAAGGCAAACCGCAAUGUCACAAUUGCAAGAGAUUCGAGCACCUUGAAAAGGAUUGUCGUCUUGCAAAUCAGCAACAUGCUUCGUACGCAGAAGGAGAAUCUGGUGAAGGAAAAUUGUUUUUUGCUUGUCAAAAAGCAUUGCAUGAAGAAGGUAAAAAUGUUUGGUAUUUGGAGAGCGGCCGUAGCAACCAUAUGAUCGGACAGAAGGAAGCAUUUAUAAACAUGGAUUCUUCAUUUGGCUCAAAAGUUAAAUUGGGCAAUGGAGAACAUGACAAAGUGAAAGGGAAAGGAAGCAUUGGAGUCACCACGAAGCAAGGAAGCAAAGUCAUACAUGACACGCUUUAUGUGUCGGAAUUAGACUAA